AUGCCCUCGUUUGCGACAAAGUGGACAGUGAAGGAGGUCUACUCAGGAAGUCAUUGCGCAGGGACGCCCAAGAUGGUUGAAAUGACUGAAACAACCAUCUGCGACGUUGAAGCCUGUAUGGCACAUGACCUGAGUGGCUACACGCUAUUCGAGAGUAUGUCAUGCAAUAUCGAUGACCGGUUCACAUACACGGAAGAGCGCUUCGCGGGGUUUAGCUACGUGGUAAUGGCGAGAUACGGCGGCGUUGGAUGCCAGAGAGUGGUUCACACGACCGUGUAUCCGGCGUCAGGCAUUUGCAAGAAAUCGUCAAUACUAUCUAGCGCGUCCCACAUUGUGAAUCUCUGCGACAACGGCACCACGGCUGUGAAGCAAUUUGAAAAUGGCGACUGUGCUGGUGAGCCUUCACAAAACUUCCAGCUCGAUAAUGAACAAAUCGUGAACGGUGACUGCAUUCAAACACCCUAUAGCUGGAGCGCCAUCACCGCUAUCACGGCUGGAGCGAUUGCUUGCAUUGCAUUUUUAGCGUUUGCUACGUUUAAAUAUAAUCCUCAAGCUCCCAGGCAGAUACAAUCACCGACGAGAUGCCACGUAGUCGAAGUGGAGGUUGUGGGCUGUGACGAGAUCAUAGUCACUGCUCGCGUGCCUCGCGAGAAUGUUAUUUUGCAUCACCUUGUGAGCCGAGGAGGUUAUGGAGAGGUCUACUCGGGCUUGUUCAAUAAUGAACAUGUGGCCAUAAAGAUGCAGUUGCUGGAACUGCGCAAGAGCAUCAAUCAUUUGAACUCUUUUCUAGCGGAGGUCAAGUUGAUGGCAACCUUAAACCACGAGCGUAUCGUUCAGUUCGCUGGUGUUGCUUGGGACUCACUCACUGAUCUUUGCGUCCUUUUCGAGUACAUGGAAGGAGGUGAUCUUCGAAACCUUUUGAAAAACUGUGAAGAACACAACACUCCGCUUAGUUUUGACCAAACUAAAGCUACCAUUGCUCUCCACGUUGCUCACUCGUUGACGCAUUUACAUUCGUUAUCAUCACCUGUUCUCCAUCGUGAUCUCAAAUCAAAGAACAUUUUACUGACAGCGCAAUUGGAAGCAAAGCUCACCGAUUUUGGUGUUUCUCGAGAACGAUCUGAUUUUACAAUGACGGGUGGCGUUGGUUCAUCUCGAUGGAUGGCACCGGAAGUAAUGAUGGGAGAUCGGUAUGAUGAUAAGGCCGAUAUGUUUUCGUUUGGUGUUGUUCUCGCUGAAUUAGAUCAUCAUUUGCUUCCGUAUGCUAAUGCAAGGAUAAUAGCAGUUCACAUUAAGCUAUACCGGAUCUAG